AUGUCCCGCGAAGCCUACCAAGUUCCCUCCCUCGGCGGCGGCGGAAACGCCUUCACCAACGACAAUCUCGGAGCUGGUGCUCUCGACGGCCCUGUUGUCGCCUAUCUAUGCGGUGAAUGCAACUCUCGCGUAUCUCUCAAGCGUGGAGACCAGAUUCGAUGCAAGGAGUGUGGACAUCGUGUUUUGUACAAGGAGCGGACAAAGCGGAUGGUCCAGUUCGAGGCGCGAUGA